CUUUCUCUACCUUCUUCAAACUCAAUUGCACAGGAUCCUUCUUUUAUCAGUGAUCAUGGCUUCUACUUCUUCCACUCCUCCCAAUCAGUGCAAGAAAUGGGAUGUUUUUAUUAGUUUUAGAGGCGACGAUAUGCGUUAUGGUAUUAUCUCCCAUCUCUCUAAAUCCUUGAAGGACAAACAAAUUAAGACCUUUACGGAUGAAGGGCUUCAUAAAGGAGAAGAGAUCUCACCAGAGCUCUUGAAAAUAAUUCGAGAAUCAAGCGUCUCAAUAGUCAUUUUCUCUGAAAAUUAUGCUGAUUCUCCAUGGUGUUUGGAUGAGCUUGUUGAGAUACUUAAAUGCAAGGAAGAAUCAGGACAAAUAGUUCUACCAGUUUUUUACAAGGUAGAUUCGACAGAAGUUCAAAAACUGACAGGGAGUUUUAAGGAGGCAUUUGAUAUUGCUGUGCGUGAAGAAAAAGACAGUCCACAAAAGGCCGACAACUGGAAGCGCGGUUUGAUGGAAGUAAGCAACUUAUCAGGAUGGGAUUUACAGAAUAUGAAGUUAAUUACUCUUUACUGUAGUUUUUCUAAGUUUUUCAAUUUAAGGAAAGAGAAUCAAAAUAUAGAAACUCUUAAUAGAGUACAUUAAUCUUAAUACUUAGCACUGAUCCGUGGAAAAUUUUUAUCUAAAUCCGAUUCACCAUGUAUCCAAAACAUAAAUAUGUAGGAUCCAUGUAUUUAAUAUAGACAACAAAUAAAGACAACACUAAUAUGGAUAUUGAUAUUUGUUACCUUAUCCUAAAAUCAAACAUAUUAAUUAUAUAUUACUAUUUACUUAGAAGUGUGAGUCUAUCAUUACUUACUAAUGUUUGUUGUACAUAUGUGACUAGGUUUGAGUCCAAAUUAGUUGAGGAAAUCAUCAAUGAUGUUUUAGAGAAAUUUAGUUAUAUGCCUAAAAAUGAUGAUUCUUAUGAUCGCAACUUGAUUGGAAUUGAAUCACGUGUAGAAAAAGUGGAAUGGUUGAUAAAUGAUAAGCAAGUUAUGGGGAUUUGGGGGAUGGGAGGCACUGGUAAAACAACUAUUGCACAAGAAGUAUUUCACCGAAACAAGAAUAAAUUUGAUGGUCAUUGCUUUGUGGAAAAUGUUAGGGAAACAAUGACAAAGCAAUCAUAAAAAUCAGUACGAGACAAAAUCAUUUGUCAAUUAUUAAGAGACAAAAAUUUACAUAUAGACACAUCGGAUUUGGAUGUUUUUACUAGGAGAAGGCUCCAGAGUAUUAAAAUAUUCAUUGCUUUUGAUGAUGUAGAUGAUUUUAACCAUUUAAAAAAUUUAGCAGGAGAGUGUGAUUUGUAUUGUGAGGGAAGUAGAAUCAUUGUAACUAGUAGAUAUCGGCAAGUACUUGAAUAUGUUUGUUCAAAGGAUGGCAUAUAUGAGGUUGAGAAUUUAAUUCAUUCUCAAGGUUUGGAACUCUUUAGCUUGCAUGCCUUCAAGCAAAAUCUUCCCAAGGAAGGAUAUAUGGAGCUAUCAGAGAAGGCAACAACCUAUGCUGGAUUCAAUCCAUUAGCUCUUAAAGUUUUGGGAUCUCAUUUAUUAAAUAUGGGGAUAGAAGAAUGGAAAAGUGAAUUGAAAAAAUUAAAAGGCGAAUCUCUUGAGAAAAUUCAAGAUGUUUUGAAAACAAGUAAUGAUGAGCUUGGAAAGAUUGAAAAGAAAAUAUUUCUUGAUGUUGCAUGUUUCUUCA